AUGGCAAUGGUGGUCCAAGUGGACUGGACGGUGGGCAAAAGGCGGCGGGGGGAGGAGGGGAAGGGAGCUCACUCACCAGUGCACAAGCUCGAGCUGGGCUGCGACAACGAACUGCGAGGGAUGAAGGGGAAUGGAGACAAGAAACGGGAGCCAAGGGAAGUUGAUGAUGACGGGAGAGAUGUCGCAGGAGACGGAGCAGAAGGGGGAGAUUCCAGAGGCAGUCAGAGACGGACGCGGACGGGACGAAGAUGGAGCCGGCAGCAGCUUAGGUUGUCUCUCGAAAAAACGAAGCUCCCAGGAUUUGGCGCCUCAAAGGGGAUUGAGACGGUGGGCGAAUUGGGGUGGAGGGGCUGGCUCAUCCCCAUCCAUCCCCAGCAGAGCGGCCCCCAGCAGCCCAGCAGCCCAGCAGCCCCUCGCUCACCCCCUGGCCCCUCCGCUGGUGGGCGGGCGGUCAGGCGCCACACGACAUUCGACACUCGACCACCACCAGUAUCCCGCCGAAAACCGCAGCGACCGCCACACGCUACACGCCGGCCAAUUCGCCCCAGCCUUGCCUCUUCGGCGCCGGCUCGCAGCGAGAAUUUGCUUUGGGCUCUUGGUGUUCCUGUAUUUUUUGUUGUUUGGUUUCCCUGGGGCUCGGAGGCGGUCGUUGGCCAGCAACCAAAGCUGGUUGAGCUGGGGUGUCUGGGUGACAAGUGGGAACGACGUGGAAGGCUGGGGAAAGCUAGCCAGAAGCCUGGCCCCUCACCACAGCGGUUCCCUGUGCGACUCGUGCGCUGCAGCCCCCCGAACAAGCUUCUGGGAGACAAUUGGAACUGGAGAGAGGCCCAAGCUCGGGCUCGGACUCCGUGGCAGCAUGGCACCGGCGUGCACUGCACCCCAAUGGUUCUAGGAUAG